AUAAAUUGCAAGAAGAAGCAGCUGCAGCAGCAGCAGUAGCUCGUGUGUCGUGACUUGUUUUGGUCGAAAAUGGUCGUGUUUUUGUAUUUUUUGUUGUUGCCAGUUUAUUCGGCAGUCAAGAGAAACGACAGUCCAGUUAUCGGUAUUUUGUCCCAAGAGGUAUACAAGCCGACACAGUCUGGUUCAGCAUUUAUUGCUGCGUCCUAUGUCAAAUUCCUAGAAUCAGCAGGAGCGAGGGUUGUUCCAGUCAUGAUUAACCGGACAAUGGAGGAGUAUAAGACACUGUUCAAUUCAAUUAACGGGAUCCUUUUUCCAGGUGGAGCAAACAGCAUCGUCUCAUCGAGCUAUGCGAAGACAGCAAGGAUCUUUUAUGACCUAGCUAUUGAGGCAAACAAGAGAGGUGACUAUUUUCCUGUGUGGGGCACCUGUCUGGGAUUUGAGCUGCUGAAUUAUUUGACAAGCAAUAAGUUAAUUUUGAUAAAAACCAACACCAACAAUGUGUCGUUGCCCCUGAACUUCACUAAAGAAGCCAAAGACAGCAGGAUGUUUAAAGACUUCCCAGCUGAACUUGUGAAAGCUCUGGGUUCUGAGCCGCUGUCGACACACUGCCAUAAGUGGAGUGUGGCAGUGGAGACUUUCAACUCAAAUGAAGAUCUGAGAAACUUUUACAAAGUGCUUUCCACAAACACAGAUGGAAAAACAGAGUUUGUGUCAACAAUUGAAGCUUACAAUUUCCCAAUUUACGGCACACAGUGGCAUCCAGAGAAAUCUGCAUUUGAGUGGACGAAACCUCACUAUCCACACUGUCCGUUGGCAGUCCAGAUCAACUUCUACAUCGCCGCUUUCUUUGUAAACGAAGCAAGAAAGAGCCAACACAGCUAUGAUCCUGAGGACUUAAAGAAAGCUGUGAUUUACAACUACAGUCCUGUUUACACUGGAACCACAUGUAUGUACGAGCAAAUAUAUUUUUUUUGAUGCAGGCCAGUGAUUGGCUACUUUAACAUUCAUACAUUCAUUUUCUAUGAAUGUUUGCAGAUGACUAGAUCCAG